CUUUCUUGUGGAAGGGUUGAAGUGCUUUCUCUGUAGCGUAGUCAGUGCAAACAGCGAUCGAGGGGCAAGUGUCAUGAUGGUCAGCCUUAUAUGGGCUGGACCCUAGAGCUGCGUGGCUCUCUGACAUCCACAUAUACAAUGUGAAGACUUGAGCCGGGCGCACUCCGCUUUAUCAGCAGCCUCCCUCGCAUUUAUUAUAUUGCUGUACAACAGAAUAAAACCAGGCUUUGAUUGCAUAACAGCUUCGCGCAACUCGCUACAUAGCGUGCUGUGAAAAAAAAGGAGCAGACAAGAAGGAAGAAUGAAGCGGAGAAAGAUCGUUGUAGCAGCUGGGUUUUGCUUUUCCUUUUUUCUGGGCACUUUGAUGAAUUUGCUAUUCAUCCCCGGGUUCGAACACCAGCAGAGCAAUCGAGGGCAUCGCUCCGACCAGGAGGGAGAGCAGACAGACCAUCUGCAGCUGCACGCCGCGGAGAGGCGCGUUCACAGGGACUCCGUGAGCGCACAGCACAGCACCAGCCACCCAGACCUGGCGCGGCAGAUCCACAAGAGGUACGAUGAGGUAGUCCGAUACCGCCAGCACCGAGCCCCCUGGUCAGAGGCAGGGAACCCGCUUCGCCCGCUGGAGAGAAGGCGGCUAAUGGAUCUUGCCCAGCGCGGCUCGUCGGAGCAACUCAAAGCAGCGGAGAGGAUGAACAGCAGAUCCGUGGAUUUUAACCACGUAUCCUCCUCCUCAUCCCUACCCCCCAAAGGAAAGCUAGACUUUGAUAUAAACCUUAAUAGAAAUGUGCACAGCCCCCCGCUGAUGGGCUGCAGCGAUAUAGACAACGUAACGAACGUGCAGUACCUCGGGUCAGGCUACACCAAGGCAGUGUACAAGGCGGCUAUCAACGAAACCUUCUCCGUGGCUUUAAAAUCAGUGGAUGUCGGUGGGCACGACAUGGAUAACUGUGUCAAGAAAUACGCGUCACCUGAAGACUGCUACAGGCUGGCGUCGUACAAGAUUGUCAAGGAGAUGACACUCCUGCAGCGACUGCAGCACCCAAACAUUUUAAAGCUCCAUGGUUACUGUUACCAGGACAGCAAUGACAUUACUGAUACACUGACUGCCAUCACCGAGCUGGGUAACCCCCUGGAGAUGAUCCAGCUACUGCAGACGUCCUGGGAGGAGCGCUUCCGAAUCUGCCUCUCGCUGGUUCGUCUCCUGCACUACCUGGCACACUCCCCCCUGGGCUCGGUCACGCUGCUGGAUUUCAGACCUCGGCAGUUUGUCAUUGUGGACGGGGAGCUGAAGGUGACGGACCUGGAUGACGCCAGCGCUGACGAGGCGCCCUGCUCCUCCAGUGUGGACUGCUUCAUGGAGUUCCCUGCCCGAAACUUCACCCUGCACUGCUCCAGCCAGGGCCUCUGCCAGAGCAUCAACGAGAAGAGGAACCUGUACAAUGCCUACAGGUUCUUCUUCACAUACCUGCUGCCGCACAGCGCACCUACAGCCCUGAGACCUCUGCUGGACAGAAUAGUCAACUCUACAGGAGAGCUGCGCUGGGGGAUUGAUGAGACUCUGUCUGAACUGGAGAAGCUCCUCCACCUCUACAGCAACGGCCUGCACCUGCAGAACACAACCCAGGCCCCCCAAGCCGAGUACAAGCGAGUGCUUGGUGCCUCCAUCGCCGGUGAUAACUACCACUGCUGGCCCUCUUAUAACCACGAGGGCUGCCUCCUGUCCGUCUUCAGCAUCCAAGAGGCCAUGGAUGUGUGCGAGAGCCACGCCCAGUGCCGCGCCUUUGUGCUGACCAAUCAGACUACCUGGACAGGUCACCAGCUGGUCUUCUUCAAGGCGGGCGCUGCCAGUCUGGUUCCAGACCCUGAUAAAGCGAUGUUCCUCCGAGUGACGUUCUGAAUGGAAGAUGAGGCACACAGUGGAGCUCAAACACAGGGCCUUAAGCAGCUCCGAGCCAGCCUGCUCUCCUGAGCACAGGCUGAGGAGGCAGAGAGAGGGGAGGGCAGAUGGAGAGAGAGAGACACAGAGAAAUAUCCUUGCACUACUUGCUCAUGUGCCUAUCUCUGGGGGUCCUGACCUCUCCAAGCAGGAGUUAAACCAAAAGACCCAAACAAACGUGCAAUAUCAGCAAUCAAAAAAAUGUGAUGAUUUAUUAUUAUUAUUUUUAUUUUAUUAUUAUUAUUUGUAUUAUUAUAAUUAUUAUUUUUUAUUAAUAAUGUUCUAAUUACUGUAUUAUUAUUGUUAUUGUUGUUUUCACUCUGUAAUAUACCUGCAAUUGCCUUGGAUCUAUUACUGUCUGAAUAGAACUGUUUAUAACCCCCUCCCCUGGGCUGGAAACCAUGUAACAAAAAAGAUCUCAACCUCAGGGCUCCAGGUUGUCAGCUGUUAUUUAAAAUCUGUUUAAAUUGUGCUGUGCAGUGAAGUAAGUGGUUGGCCGAAGCUAUAACGGGUGGUGUUAGGUUGGACUAUCAUACAAAUCCUUAAAGACUUGCUUACCUCAGCCCAACUGGCCCUUUUAGAAGUUAGCAGCUGUGCAGAAAUCCCAACGAAGGCAGCAGGGGAGCCGGAGGUCGAAGAAACACAUUUUGGGCAGCUUUUCCUCGAGCUAAAUGAUCCAUCGCCUGAUCCCUGGAGAGCUGAGCGGUCCAUCGUCUGGUCCCCGGAGAGCUGAGCGGUCCAUCGUCUGGUCCCUGGAGAGCUGAGCGGUCCAUUGCCUGGUCCCUGGAGAGCUGAGCAGUCCAUCGCCUGGUCCCUGGAGAGCUGAACGGUCCAUUGUCUGGUCCCUGGAGAUCUGAGCGGUGAGCGGUCCAUCGUCUGGUGCAGGCUGCCAGACAGGGCCUUGUUGAGAGAGAUCGAGGUACAUGCAGGAAAAUGCAACCCAAAUGUCAGCAUGCUCGACUCAUCUCGAUCAACAGGGCUCACUUUAUGAUUUUAUUACGGGACAAUCACAAAUACACUGUGCAGUGUCUGAGGAACAGAUAUUCCAAAAGCAGUUCUAUUUGAUCGAUAAUCUUGAGACCUGAACUGCAGCGGCAACUGGUUUAACCGGGGGUAAAAAUAGUGUGGUGUUUAGAAUUGGAUUCUGAGGCUGUUUGGUGUUUAGUCUUGUUAUUUCAAGCUCAGGUCCCUCCUCCAGUAUUGUAAAGUGGAAGGGGUCAAACAGCAGCAGCAGCAGUAGCUGGAUAAAUGAAAGACUUCCAUUUCCAAAUGAAAUUGAAACGUGUUUAUCUGAACAGGAUUGUCUACAGUAUUUGCUUUCAGUGAAAGCAAUAAAAUAAGUGAUAAAAAAUGACUGUUAAAAAUGACCAUUGUCAUUAAUCAUCUGGGGUUUUUUUUGUAGCUUGUAUCAUUUUGAUAUUUGC